CACUCGGCUUUAUGUUUUCGGCUAAUAACGGUUCUCGCACUCUCAGCCAAUUUGGUGGGUCAGUUAGCCCGCGGACCGUGCGACGAGUGCAUCACCAAAAUGUUACCUGCCCGUAGUCUCCUUAUCGGAUCAUGUUGCCUACUGUCCCUACUGAUUCAUCCGGUGCAGCCGAAUCCCAUUGCUCCCCGUGCGGAAGUGGCCACCGAGUUCAUCAUUCUGCACAACAAUGACAUGCACGCCCGAUUCGAGCAGACGAGUGUGACCAGUGGCACCUGCUCCAAGGAGGAGGCCAAUACGGAUCAGUGCUACGGAGGAUUCGCCCGGGUGGCCUACGAGGUGCGAAAGUAUCGCAAGGAGGCGGAGGAGGGUGGAACUCCAGUGUUCUAUCUCAAUGCGGGUGACACCUAUACCGGAACUGCUUGGUUCACCGUCUUCAAGGACAAGAUCGCCAGUGCUUUCCUCAACAAGCUAUCACCAGAUGCUAUUUCUCUGGGCAACCAUGAGUUUGACCAGAAUGUUGAGGGUUUGGUGCCCUUCCUCAAUGCCGUGGAAUUCCCCGUUCUGGCCUGUAAUCUGAACCUCACCGAUGUGCCCGAAAUGGCGGCUGCCAAGCAGCUGGCCAACUCGACGAUUCUCGAGCGAAAUGGGGUGAAGAUUGGCGUUAUUGGUUACCUUACGCCCGAUACCAAGGUGCUUGCCUUCCGGAACAAAGUGGAGUACGAGGAGGAAAUCGUGUCCAUCAACGCGGAGGCCGAAAAGCUGAAGGCUCAAGGCAUCAAUAUCAUCAUCGCUUUGGGUCACUCUGGAUACCACAAGGAUCAGGAGAUAGCCAAGAACUGUCCGGAGGUUGACAUAGUCAUUGGUGGUCACUCGCACACAUUCUUGGAUGCCAAUCAGCCGGUGGCUGAUCCCACGGAUUCUGAUCCGGAGGCGGUUCGAGGUCCCUAUCCCACCACUGUGGUGCAGGCGAGCGGCAAGAAGGUACCGGUAGUGCAGGCAUACGCGUAUACCAAGUAUCUCGGAAAGAUUCAUGUUCAGUUUGAUGCCGAGGGCAAUCUGAUCGAGUUUGAUGGAGCUCCUAUUUUGCUGAAUGCCUCCGUAGCUCAGGAGCAGGAUCUCCUGGAUUUGCUGGACGUAUACCGUCCCAAGCUGGAGGAGCUGGAGAACAUGGUCCUGGGUUACACUAAGGUGUUUCUCGAGGGCGGCAACAUCUGCCGCAUGAGGGAGUGCAACCUUGGCAACUUGGUGACAGAUGCCAUGAUCUAUAGUCGCGUGGUGGAGAACAAGGGCGGAGAAUUCUGGACGGAUACUGCGAUUGCUUUUAUGCAGGGAGGAGGAAUCCGUGGCUCCGUCGAUAAGAAGGCUGAUGGAGUCAUCAAUGGCGCCACCCUCCUGGCCGUUCUUCCGUUCGAGAAUAAUCUGUACAUAACGAGGAUUCUCGGAAGCACCCUUCUGGCUGCCCUGGAACACUCCGCGGCUGUGAGGUUGCAGGACUCCAAUGGUGGAUUCCUGCAGAUGUCCGGAAUGCGUGCGGUGUACAACUACAACAAUGAGCAGGGCAAGAGAGUGGUUUCCGCCCAGGCCCUAUGCGCCAGCUGCUCCGUGCCCACGUACAAGAGCAUCAAUGAGACGGCCCUCUACCAGGUGAUCGUGCCCCAGUUCCUGCUCGAAGGCGGCGAUGGCUACACUCUGACCGAGGAGACGGAUCCCUUCACCGAGAGCAUGCAGCGAAACGAUCUGAACGCCACCAUGGAGUACCUGAAGCAGCGCCAUUUCGUGUAUCCCGAGAUCGAGGAGCGAAUUGUUAUCCACGAGAAGGCUGACACCGGAUCGGCGUCUGGCAUUGUGGCCUCCAUCUCCUUGCUCCUGCUCUCUUCCCUGCUCACUAGAUUCAUCUAGAGGAACUUUCAGCUUCUCAUUUCGGAACCCCAAUCCAUUAAUAAACUUAGCCACAUUUGGUCGUUCGCAUAUGCGAUUGCAUUUUUUCGACUUAAAUAGUCAAGUGUGAUUGGUGAUAAGUUUGCCCUUAAUAAAUAUAAUAUAUGCUUGUUUCACACA